AUGGCUUCUCCCUUGGGGAGUGGUACCUCCUCGGCCUCCACCCAGCACGCCAACUCAGUGUCUGAAGGGGCUCUCCCACCGGCGGCAGAGCAAAGGAAGCGGAAGCGAAUGUUGUCCAACAGGGAGUCGGCGAGGCGGUCCCGAAUGCGCAAGCGGAAGCAACUCGGCGACCUGGCGGCGCAGGCGUUGCGUCUCGGUGAGGAGAACCUACAGAUCCUCGCUAACCUCAAGGUGGUCGGGCGGCGCCGCCUCGCGGUACAGUCGGAGAACGCCGUGCUGAGGGCACGGCUUGUGGAGUUGAGCCGCCGGUUGCAGUCUCUUGAGGAGAUACUCCAGCCAGCCGUGGGGGACGGCAGCAGGUUUCUCUGUGAGGGGCCUGCGGCUGCUGUCGACGGCGGCAGGUUCAUGAACCAGUGGGGCUUCUCCUCCUUUGGCAGACAGGCCGUCGUGGCGGCCACCGACGUAUUCCAUUACUGA